AGAAUUGUACCCCUACCUUUUUGAGCAAAAUGUGUAAUGGUUUAAAUUUCGAGGAUGAAAUUUUAAUAAGAGGGGAAGAGUUGUGACAUCCUGAUUUUCGCAAUUUUUAUUUUCAGUCAAUUGAGACGGACAAUUCAUCUGUGCAUGUAGUUCACCUCUCAGAGUUGGCCACUCACGAGGGAACUAGUUUAUUGAGUGAAGUAAUUAAGGAAUUUUGCCGCGUCAAACUUGGGGACUGAUCACCCUCAGGUCGGAUGCAAGAAAAUUUCCCAAAAGCUACUCGGUGGAUUAGGCGCGCUGAAAUCGCACCGGAUUGAAUUCAACCGUAAAAAUUGGAAUUGAAAUUAGAAGUUGGAAGCCGGUCAUGUCACAUAUCUUAUUAGGAGCAUAGGAUAAUUUUUAUGGAUUUUAAUUUGGACUCAAGUAGAAGAGAAUUGAUGGACAUUGAAGUAAUUGAAUGUACAAGAACUUGGACCCCGGCGGAAAAUGAAAGUGAACCUAUUGGAAGAUGUUAUGGAGGAUUUGAAUUAGUGGAGAAUGACAUCAGCAGGUGAUGUCAUGGUGGAGGCCAAAUUCAAGGAGAGCUUGACAAGUGUCACAAGCCAAUUGGCUCACCAAAAGUGGGGAUGUCACUUCCCCCUUGUCUCCAUCAUCUUCAAGCUUGAGAGGAGAGAGAUUGGGAGGGAAACCGAAGGAGAGAACCAGCGGAAACCGCCCCCCUUCCGUCCACCUUCGCCGCUCGACCGUCGCCACCGCUCGCCUUCGUCGUCGCCUUCGCCGUCGCACGCCGUCGCACGCCGUCGCCGUCGCCGCUCGUCCGCGUGCGAAGCCUCGCGCGCGCUCGUUGUGUCCCCGUCGCACCGUCGUCUCUUCGUCCGCUGCUGGUCACCGUCCGCCGAAGCUCCCGUCGCCGCCGAUCGUCCGCUCAAGCCUCCGCCGGUCGUUGCACGAGCUGUCGCCGGUUCUCCUCCGCCGUUUCCUCCACCCGUUCAGCCGCCGUUCCGUCGCCUUUCAAGCCCGGUUUGUCGUCGGCGUCGUCGUGCUCUUCGCCGGAGACUCAUCGGAAAGCGAUUCCGGACCGUAGAUGGCGAGACCCCCGGAGAUGAGUGGCCUGUCGACGGAGAUUGACUAGACGACAAAGAGUGCUCCUGACCCUGGGAGUCCUUGGGUCUAUCAGUUGGUUAGGACCCUCAUCUGGGUCGAGGUGAACGUGCAUAACAGGGUACCGUACAUGUUUAGGGCUUGGUUUCGUUCCGGGGUCGAUGGUGUUAGGGUUGGCCCUCUGGAUUGCAUGGAUAUUCUGCUGGCUGUGAUGAAUGCCAUUUUGGGUGAAGGCGUGGCGGAUCUUCCUGACGGUGGAGUGAUCAACGCUUCACCCCCGGCCUCCUGGGUGACUGAUCCUGAGGAUGUAGGGUCGACGAAUGGGGACGACCAAUAGUCCUAGGAUUGUGCCUUUUCCUUUUUGGGCGGACUGAUUCGUGUUGUGUAGGCUAACCCUCUUUUGAUGCACAUAGACUCUGACCCAUUUUUGGUGCAUAGGCCCUGGAUCCGGUUGAUGUAUGUAAGCCCUGGAUUGUUGAUGAUAUAUGAAAGUAUGUUGUUUGAUUUUGA